CUCUCUCCUCUCUAGACGACUGUUGUUACUAUGGAAAGAGACGACGAGCCACUAACGCCAUCCGGCCGAAUGUUUCUACGGCCAGAAAUGGAUCAAAUAAUCCACUGCGUUUUCGGCCUCGGUAAACCCAUCGAUAUACAAUCAAUCAAAGAUGAAAUGGAUCGUAAUAUGCAUAUCGCACACCCUAAAUUCACCAGUCUCCUCGUCCAAGAUCGCCACGGCCGCCAUUACUGGCGCAAGACUCAAGUUAACAUCGACCGCCACUUCAUCAUCAUAAACAACCACGCUUCUUCCCAAUUAAUCACCGACGAGGAGUCGGUCAACGAUUAUCUCGCCGAUCUUUCCAUUUCCUCGCCGCUCCCGACCGAUAAACCGCUAUGGGAAUUCCAUGUCCUCGUACCUAACAAGUGCGUCGUCCUGCGCGUGCACCACGCGCUCGGAGAUGGCAUUUCGUUAAUGGCACUUAUGUUAUCAGGCUGCCGGAAAGCUAACGAUCCUAAUAACCCACUUGUUUUACCCACCGGAGGAAGGUAUACUUUUGAACGGCCAAGAACGAUACGGAAUCUUGUUCAGGCGACAUGGAUUACGACGAGGUAUGUUUUGGAGUUCAUAAUGAGAAGUUUAUGGAUGAGAGAUAAAACGACGUCGUUGAGCGGCGGCGAAGGAGUGGAGCUUUGGCCGAGGAAGCUGGCGACGGCGAAGUUUUUGCUGGAGGAUAUGAAGAUCGUCAAAAGAGCAGUUGCGGGAGCGGUAAGUCGGAAAAAUUACUUAUUGGAUGAGUUGAGGUUGAAAAAGACAGUUUUGUCAUCUGGUAACAUGUUUGGCAUGCUUCUAUUGCCUGUUUAUUACCAUAAACCCGAUGUCGGUUGCAGUCCUUUAAAGCAUGUAGAGAAAAUUAAGGAAGUGAUGACUAAGAAAAAAAUGUCGUCCGAAGCUUACUUCUCUUACAAACUCGGACAACUUGCAAUGUCAUGUUUUGGACCAAAGGCAACGAGUUAUAUGUUCAACAAAGUAAUAAAGAAUACGACAUUUACAAUAUCAAAUGUGGUCGGACCACAAGAAGACCUCACUUUUGCUGGUCAUCCAAUUGAUUACAUUAGAGUUACCACAACAAGUCUUCCCCAUGCACUCACGAUGCAUAUGGUAAGCUACGCAGGAAAGGCAGAAAUGCAAAUUCUCGUAGCUAAAGAUAUUAUCCCCGAUCCACAAAUACUGGCUAAGUAUUUUGAAAUUGCAUUAAAUGAAAUGAAGGAAGCUGCAAAAUACUAGUAAAAUAUCUAUGUUGAAUCU